AAUACCCGCCGCCGCCAUCCCUUUCUUCUCCGCCUUGCCAACGACUCCUUGCCAUCUCUCUUCUUCCUUAAGCUCACAAUGGCAUCUCUCAGCCACUCUCUCAAGCCCCAUUUCCUUUCCACCCCAAAACCCGAACUCCGAACCACAAAAUACCCCACCACGGUCCGCAUGUCUCUCCAAGAGUCAGGCCCAUCCGUCGCCGUCGUAGGCGUCACCGGCGCCGUAGGCCAAGAAUUCCUCUCCGUCCUCUCCGACCGUGACUUCCCUUACCGUUCCCUCAAGCUCCUCGCCUCCAAACGCUCCUCUGGGAAGUCCAUUUCCUUCCAAGACCGCACCUUUACCGUCCAGGAACUCACCGCCGAAAGCUUCCACGAUGUCUACAUCGCGCUUUUUAGUGCCGGUGGGUCGAUAAGUAAACAGUUCGGUCCCAUUGCGGUCGAUAAAGGCGCCAUUGUGGUCGAUAACAGCUCGGCGUUUCGAAUGGUUGAUGGAGUACCUUUAGUUAUCCCGGAAGUGAACCCGGAAGCAAUGGAUGGGAUUAAAGUUGGUACGAAAAAGGGUGCUUUGAUAGCAAACCCAAACUGUUCUACCAUUAUCUGCUUAAUGGCUGCUACUCCUCUUCAUCGACAUGCUAAGGUUACUCGUAUGGUGGUCAGUACAUAUCAGGCAGCUAGUGGUGCUGGUGCUGCUGCUGCUGCUAUGCAUGAACUUGAGCUACAGACCCGUGAGGUCUUGGAAGGGAAACCACCAACUUGUAAUAUCUUUAAGCAACAAUAUGCUUUUAACUUGUUCUCGCAUAAUGCUCCGGUUCUCGAGAAUGGAUAUAAUGAAGAGGAAAUGAAAAUGGUCAAAGAGACGAGGAAAAUCUGGAAUGACAUGAAUGUUAAAGUCACUGCUACGUGCAUUCGAGUACCUGUGAUGCGUGCUCACGCUGAGAGUGUGAAUCUUCAGUUUGAGAAGCCCCUUGAUGAGGACACGGCAAGAGAGAUUUUGAAAACUGCUCCUGGGGUAGUAGUUAUUGAUGAUCGGACUUCUAAUCGCUUCCCUACCCCAUUGGAGGUAUCAAACAAAGAUGACGUUGCAGUUGGCCGGAUUCGCCAGGAUGUGUCUCAAGAAGGCAACCAUGGGUUGGACAUCUUUGUCUGUGGUGACCAAGUACGCAAGGGAGCGGCGCUCAACGCCGUUCAGAUCGCCGAGUUGCUCUUAUGAUCUGGCCCGGGGUAAACUCAUUCAAGCAAACUAGAUUUGAAUUCACUUGUGUUGAGUUCAUUUAAUUUUAGUAUUCAAACACAAAUUUUUAUCAUCUUUUUUGACAAGUUGAACAAAACUUUGAGCAUCUUUUUCGUAGCAUAAACUAGGGUUUUGUUUCUUGGUGC